CCUCCGGUAAUAUUUGUCUCUCAGGCGACUAGACGUUGGCUUCCCACGUCGGAGAUCCGGGUUCAGUCUCUGAUGACUUCAAAUGAGAAGUGGCGGACGAAGUGACACUGAAGAAGGUUUUCCCCUACGAACACUUCAGUUUUCCGUGAAAAUCAAAAUUUCACCAUUAACUUCCUGCUGUUCCCUCGUCGUUACUCUAGGGCUUCAUGUCUCACCCGGCUUCUUGGCUGGUCUCGAAGAAAGUUCUUAUCCACAGCACGUUAGCAUUUAAAACAACACUACUUCCUAAGUAAAGAAUAUAUUCUAAUAUCAUCCAUAUCUUUAACCUUGUCCCACUCACGGAAUGUGAUAUGAGCAACACGUGGUAAACCGGUCUGAAAUUUUCUGUCACCUGACAGUACUUGUUUUCUUUUACAUUACAUUCACAAGGAACAAGUUUUACAACAAACCCACACUGCGGCUGUUGUAGAAUAAUUCGUCAUUGACAUACACAAAAAUACUCCAUUAUACAGCAUUUUGGUGAACAAUUAUUGAUAGUUCAUCAGUUGAUCAAAAAAUGUCGCCUUGUUUUCGAACCUAAAGUAAAUCAUCAUCACCGUGGCAAAUGCUCAGCUGUGGUUGGUAGUGGCCCACCAGACCACGAUCCUACAAUUGUACAAAUUCCCCCUUCAUAUAAUUUCAUGUUUAUAUGCCUAUUACAGAACAGUUUUUACCUUAUAUUUGUUAAAAACAAUGUUACAAAAUACUGAUUUCAUAUUUCACAUUUUCACCUGCAGCAGUCUUAUAAAUAAUGGAGUCAUCACUUGCCACACCUCUUCAAGUUUCUGACACAACUCUGACACCUUACAUGUCUACAGAUUCAUUCCACGCAUUAUUAAGCCAGUUUUUAUCAUCAGAUCCUCAUCUUCAGCUUAUGGUAUUACAGAUCCUACAGCUAAUACAGAAUUAUGAAAACUUGGUACAGUCAACACGAGAUGUUAACACUGAUGAAGAGGAAAAUGAAAAUGAUUCUACGGAGAACUUGGAAAUGCUUGCCACAUGGUUUAUGAGUCUAAAUUCAUUACAUAAAGAACUGUAUAAUUCCACAGAGAACGAAACACAAAUUGAGAGUCCGGUAAUGCACACCAAGAAGUUUAAAUAUAGGAUACCAUAUGAAACGCCUACAUGGGAUCAAAUAAAUAUUUCUUAUGAAAAUUUGGAGAGAAAAAAACACGAUCUUCAGCGAAAACAAUUUCUUGAUAGUGAAAACAGCAUAUAUUUCAGAUUGAUGGCACUAAUGGAAAACCAAAAAAUUCUUGUCAAUCAAAUGAGGUUAAACAUGAUCAACCUUCAGGAACAUGAAGAACAGUUGGAGAAGUAUUUAGAGAGCAAAAUGAGACAAGAAGUACAACUGAUAAAUGAAGUAAAGAACCAAAAAGAAAUAAUUAAUAGACUUAGAAUUCAAAUUCAGUCAUGCAACAACGUAUCUUCUUCUAGGCUUUUGGAACUAAAGAGAAAGACAAGGAUGAUUAAUACGAUGAAAUCCAGAGUGAAGAGUGCAAUUUUGUUAGAAAACCAAUCACAAAAUUGCACAAAUCUUUCAGCUGUCUGUUUGUCAGAAAUUAAAAACAAAGAAAAUAAAAUACAGGAACUGAUUUUCAAACUGGAGAAUAAAGAGGCAAAGUUAGAAAACAUAACCUGUACUUUAAUGCCCAACUCGUCCGUGUUCGGUAAUAAUGGAAGCGAAACACAGAUUCUCAGAUCCUUCUUGGAGAGCAAGCAUAUUUUGGAAACUCAACUGGAAAACUGUUCCACUUUCUCUUCAGCCAUAUUACUAAAAUUAAGAAAUGACUCAAAGCAACUGGCACUGAAUCUGAAGGAAAGGGAUAUUCUUGAAAUAAAAUUAAAAAACUGUUCCACUUAUUCAUCAAUUCUCUCCUCUGAAUUAAAAAACAAAAUAGAGAAUUUGACAGCACAGGUGUCAAAAUUACAAGGCAUGGAAACAAAAUUACAGUCAUGUUCUGAUAACUCAUCCUCUUCGUUUUUACCAUUAAAUAAUAAAACAAAUGAAAUACAGUUCAUCAUAUCUCUACUGAAGGAACGCGAUACUUUAAAAACUCAGCUACAAAACUGUUCCACUGAGAAAGCAGAACAGCAGUUCGAAUUAAGAAACAAAUCAAUUGAGGUGCAAGAACUGAUGUCCAAAUUACAAUACACAGAUAUUUUGGAAAUGCAAUUGCAUAACUGUUUAAAUCAUUCAUCAUUUCAGUUCUCAAAAUUAACGACUAAUAUAAGUAAUUUGAAAGGCGAGAUUUCUAAAUUACUGCAUGAGAAAAACCAAACAACAAACUGCUCCACCUUGAACUUGCAUAACCAAACAACUACAAAACUACAAAACUGUUCAUAUGAGACUUUCUGCAGUCUGUUAACAUUAAAUAAUAAAAAAAGGGAAAUACAAUUUUUAACAUCCACCUUGAAAGAAAGGGAUAUUUUACAAGUCAAGUUACAAAACUGUUCCACUGAAAGAAGUAAACAAGUAUCAGAGUUAGAAAACAAAACACGUGAGAUAAAUUACUUAAAAACUAGAUUAACAGAGGAAGAAAUCUGUCAAGUACAGCUACAGAACUGCACCAGCAUUUUAACAGUAUUACAGUUGGAACUGGAAAACAGGACUGGAGAAAUACAUGAACUCGAACUGGAGAAUAAGAACAAUUAUGAUAUGAAAUUACAAAACUGUUCUGACAUUUCUUCCUCUAUGUUAGUAGAACUGCAAAACCAAAGAAAACAGAUACUGAAUAUGGAUAAACUGGAAGACCAAUUGGAAGUAUGUUUAGAUAAUUCUUCUAUCUUACUCCAGGAAUUGAAUAACAAAUCAAACAUGAUACAAGAUCUAACUUCAAAAUUACAGGAUAAUGAGUUAGAAGACAAACUUAAUAAGUGUGUAACACAUUCAUUAAACCUAUCAAUGGAACUCAAGACUCAAACAAAUUAUAUCCAAAAGCUUAAUUCAAAAUUGAUAAAUCAAAGUAUCAGUGAACAAAACUGUUCUACUAUCAUCUCCAACCUACUCACAGAACUGAGAAACAAGACAAUUCAACUACAAAACCUUACAUCAAGCUUGGAGAAUAAUACUCUAAUAAAGAAUUUGCAACAGCAGUUGAAGAAAGCAGAGCAGAAAUUGGAAGCUGAACAGAAGGACCUGUUGCAAUUCCUAACAUUCUUGCAGAACAACUGCAAUGGCAUCUACAGGUGGUGGUCUAUGCCAGAGGCAGUCACAUAUGGAGAUCCCAUAGUGGUAAAAAUGUGGCUGGAAGCAGGAACAGAUCCUAAUACAGUGGACAACCAAGGAUACACAGCUUUGCAAAGAGCUGCCAUUGCAGGAAACCUGCAGCUUGUGAUGUUGUUAGUGCAGUAUGGAGCAAAUAUGACUGCACUAUCUGUAAACCAAUUUGGAGAUCUCCCUAUUCAUUUAGCUGCAGCGUAUGGUCAUGAGAACAUAGUUAACUGGAUGCUGGAUAAUGGAGUUACAGUGGAUGUUAGGAAUAGACUGGGAGCCACACCAUUAUUUUCAGCUGUGCAUAAUAAGAGGCUGGAAAUAGCUCAUUUUCUCCUGGACAGAGGAGCUGCGGUUAAUGCCAGAGUUAUUAAUGGUGAUAACAGGACAUCACUUCAUGAAGCAGCAGCACUGGGAUCAAUGGACUUGGUCCAACUGCUAUUAGACGGAGGAGCAGAUAUAAAUGCUGCCACUAGUGACGAGAAUCAAACCCCACUGCACUGGGCUGAGAAAGUUGGACAACAGAAAACAGCAGAUCUUCUCAUACAAAAUGGAGCAGACAUUACUGUACGUGACAAGAAUGGAAAAACUCCAUUAGAGUUGGCACCAAGUUACAGAAAUGGCAUGCCGUACCCAUGGCAUUAGACAUACUUUCUGGAUAACACGAUGGUAUUUUAUUACAGUAUGAGCAAUACUUCUUUAUACUUAUAGACAGUGACUUGAAUAAGUGAGAGAGGGGUAGGAGAUCAAGUCCAUGUCUUUCUAUGAUCUACUGUUCAUCCCAUCCUUAGCUUUGCACUUUGUAUUAAAUUCUAUACAUUGAUUAAGAGAGCCUUACAAUAGUGAUUUUGUUUCAUCAUGUAGACAAUGACUUUCAUCUGGGAUGAACAUUCUUGAACUUCCAUAAGAAAUUUACCGCAAUAUUCAACAGUGCUUAAUCUUCAUUCCAUACCAAAAUUUCAGUUCUUGUGAAUUAAUAUAAAAUCAAUCACAUAAGCUUAAUAUGGUAUCUUUCAUUUCUUUAAAAUAUGUUUUGUUACAACACUAAUUUACAUUUACAUAAAGAUCCAGUAAUAACUGUUUCCUCUUCUAAAAUUGCACUUAAGUUCUAUAAUUCUGUAAUAGAAGUAAUGAAACAAAGAUGAUGAUAAAAUAAUAGUCAGGGUUUAAAACUUAUGAUGGGUUCUACUCCCCAAGUUGAAGAUGAUAAUGUUCAUCAACAAUGGCAAACACUUGUCUUUCAAUUCAAAUUAUUUUGAAUAAAGAUGAAUAAACUGUG